AGACAUGUCCGACACAACGGGCGUCCCCGAGUACGCCUCCUUUUUCGCCGUCAUGGGCGCCUCGGCCGCCAUGGUCUUCAGCGCCCUGGGUGCCGCCUAUGGCACGGCCAAGAGCGGCACAGGCAUCGCAGCCAUGUCGGUCAUGCGGCCAGAGCUGAUCAUGAAGUCCAUCAUCCCAGUUGUCAUGGCCGGCAUCAUCGCCAUUUACGGCCUGGUGGUGGCUGUCCUCAUCGCUAACUCCCUGAAUGACAAGAUCUCCCUCUACAAGAGUUUCCUUCAGCUGGGCGCAGGCCUGAGUGUGGGCCUCAGCGGGCUGGCAGCCGGCUUUGCCAUUGGCAUCGUGGGGGAUGCUGGCGUGCGAGGCACUGCCCAGCAGCCCCGGCUAUUUGUGGGCAUGAUCCUGAUUCUCAUCUUCGCCGAGGUGCUUGGUCUCUACGGCCUCAUCGUUGCCCUCAUUCUCUCUACAAAGUAGCCCCUCUUCACGCACAGCAGCCACAGAAUACAGUGUAAAGACCACCCCCCUCCUCAUUCCAGAAGAACAGCCCGACACACACGCACGGGGCCGCUGACCCCUCAGUAGCUGGUCUUGUAAAUGCGCAGUGUCUUAGUGCCCAUCGUCUG